GAUUCAACCCCGAGUUGUUUCGUUCGAAGAACAGGUGUUAGUCAUCCGAGAGAAGCUUGCUGAGCUAUAUGAAUCCGAGCAACAAUGGUCAAAAGCAGCAUAAAUGCUUAGUGGCAUUGAUCUAGACUCUGGAAUCAGAAUGAUGGAUGAGACGUACAAAUUAUCCAAAUGCGUCCAAAUCGCUCACUUCUACCUCGAGGAUAAUGAUGCUGUAAAUGCAGAAGUUUUCAUCAAUAAAGCUUCAUUUUUGGUGAGCAGUAGUCAACAAGAAGUAUUGAAUUUACAAUACAAGGUUUGUUAUGCAAGGAUCUUAGACUUAAAACGGAAGUUUCUGGAAGCUGCACUUCGUUACUAUGACAUUUCUCAGAUUGAGAAGCGGCAAAUUGGAGAUGAGUUGAUCGAUGAGGAUGCACUGGAGCAAGCUCUUAGUGUUGUUGUGACCUAUAAAAUUUUGGCCACCGCUAGUUCCCAACAUUCCCGUGUUCUUGCCACCUUGUAUAAGGAUGAAAGGUGCUCCAAAUUAAAGAUUUACCCGAUAUUGCAAAAGGUGUAUCUGGAGAGGAUUUUGCAUAAACCAGAAAUUGAUGCAUUUGCCAAAGAACUAAGAGCACACCAGAAAGCUUUUUUACUAGAUAAUUUCACCAUGCUGGAUCGUGCCAUGAUUGAACAUAAUCUUUUGAGUGCAAGUAAACUUUAUACAAACAUAAGCUUUGAAGAACUUGGAACUUUACUUGGUAUUGCUCCUCAAAAGGCUGAGAAGAUAGCUUCGAGAAUGAUUUAUGAAGAUAGAAUGAGAGGAUCCAUAAAUCAGGUUGAGGCAGUCAUACAUUUUCAAGAUGACACAUAAGAGCUGCAACAGUGGGAUCAACAGAUUGUGGGGCUUUGCCAAGCUCUUAAUGAUGUUCUUGAUAGUAUGGUGAAAAAGGGCCUUGCUGUUCCAGUCUAGAAACUGCAUCAGUUGCAAUCCCUUAUUUUUUGGUGGGGGGUAUAUAGGUAUAGAAAUGGUGUUCAUAUUUCUGGAUGAUUUUGUUAAUGUAAUAGUGUCACCUUUGGCUGGUAGAUUGGUCCUUAAGCUAAUGGGCGUUAAGAGUUGUAAUUCUUUAUUCUA